AUGAAGAAGGGUGCAGAAAUCAUCGUCUGUACGCCUGGCCGCAUGAUCGGUUUGUUGACUGCCAACUCGAGCCGUGUCACUAACCUCAAGCGUGUUGCGUACCUCGUCCUCGACGAAGCCGACCGGAUGUUCGACAUGGGCUUCGAACCACAGGUCAUGAAGAUCGUCAGCAACAUCCGUCCCGACCGGCAGACCGUCCUCUUCUCCGCGACCUUCCCGAAGCAGAUGGAUUCGUUGGCAGGCAGGAUCCUGUGGAAGCCGCUCGAGAUCACGAUCGGUGGCCGGUCUGUUGUUGCUCCCGAGAUCGAUCAGGUCGUUGAGAUCAGGGACGAAGACUCCAAGUUCAACCGGCUUUUGGAGAUUCUUGGGCAGACGUACAACGAGGACCCCGAAUCGCGGACACUCAUCUUCGUUAACUGCCAGGAGGCCGCCGGUAACCUCCUGCGCGAGCUCAUGCGCAAAGGCUACCUGUGCAUGUCCCUGCACGGUGGCAAGGACCAGGUGGUCCAGGUCGACCGUGACUCGACCAUCGCUGACUUCAAGUCCGGUCUCGUGCCCAUCGUCAUUGCGACGUCUGUGGCUGCGUAUGGUCUGGACGUCAAGCAGCUGAAAUUGGGUAUAAACUACGACGUGCCGAAUCACAUGGAGGAUGAUGUCCACCGUGCAGGUCGUACCAGGCGCGCAGGCAACAAGGGCACAUGUGUUCAUCACGCCCGAACAAGAUAG